AUGCUGGCAGCGUUUGCAGAUCCCUUCGUCGCGCAUUUGGGCAGUACGAUAGACGAAGAAGGUGACAAGGAGUAUUUUUAUUCUUCAGAUGAUGAUGAAGAUGAGCUGCCUGCGGAUACUAAUGGUAAAGACGGCGCCACUCCUAGAAAUCUCCAGUUUGCGACGGCUCGUGCUUCACGAUCGUCUGGAAAGGCAAAGAUGGACC